GCUGCAUUCACAGACGGGACCAGUAGCCUGUCGUUGCUGUCUGUACCAAUAUUCUAUCUAGAUUGUCAUACGAGUCACAUCAGCCUGUAGUAGACUUAAGUGUGCAAAUGGCAGUAAGUUUAAACACUUGCUCCAUUCGCUUUAUAUGGACUGUAUUUAAAAUUUAGGUAAAAAAACUAAGGUUGUUUUAAGAAAAUAUUUUUAAAAGUCCUUGAUUGGUUCAUAUACAUUCUUGGCUGGCAAUAUUGAAAAGACUUUUCAAGUGGAAUUCAGGUACAUUCUCAGUUAUGGAUGGGCAAUCAUAUGACCAUUUGGUGGAAGGAGAGCGGGAGCCCUAUCAGAUUGACUAUCGCAGGAUUGUAGGGGAUACAGAGCCAGCCAAGUUUCGAUUAUCUACCAGGGAGAGUGAACAUCAUUUUCAUGGAUCACCACUGCAUGGUCACCUGCAUGGACAUGGCCAUGAAACUGCCGCCCAACGGUACAGUGCCACUCGAAUACAAGCUGGAUAUGAACCUGAAAGCAUGGCUGACUACUUGAUUAGUGGAGGCACAGGCUACGUACCUGACGAUGGACUCACCGCGCAACAGCUCUUUGCAAUUGGCGACGGGCUAACGUACAACUCAGCAAAUCACUCAGAUUCUGAUGGACUCACAGCAGAGCAGCUAUUCUGUAAUGGAGAUGGAUUAACAUAUAAUGACUUCUUGAUCCUCCCUGGCUUUAUUGACUUUACUGCUGAUGAAGUGGAUUUAACCUCUGCGCUUACACGAAAAAUUACCCUCAAGACACCUUUGAUUUCCUCUCCCAUGGACACUGUUACUGAAUCCUGCAUGGCAAUCGCUAUGGCACUAAUGGGGGGCAUUGGAAUCAUUCAUCACAAUUGUACUCCAGAGUUUCAGGCUAAUGAAGUUCGUAAAGUUAAGAAAUUUGAACAAGGGUUUAUUACUGAUCCUGUGGUAAUGAGUCCACGCCACACUGUGGGAGAUGUCUUUGAAGCCAAAAUUCGACAUGGGUUUUCUGGAAUUCCAAUAACAGAGACUGGGAAAAUGGGUAGCAAGCUUGUAGGGAUUGUCACUUCACGUGAUAUUGAUUUUUUGACCGAGAAAGAUUAUGACACUUCACUGAAUGAGGUUAUGACAAAGCGUGAAGAUUUGGUUGUUGCUCCUGCUGGGGUAACACUUAAAGAAGCAAAUGAAAUUCUUCAACGAAGCAAGAAGGGAUUUUGGAGCACAUGGACCAAUGAUCCCAUUGCCUAUCCUAGCCAGGUGAUUAGCAACAAGACAUCAGGCAUUAGAGGAAAACUUCCAAUUGUAAAUGAUAGUGAUGAAUUAAUUUCAAUAAUUGCUCGGACUGACCUAAAGAAGAACCGUGAUUAUCCUUUGGCAUCCAAAGACUCUCGGAAACAACUUUUGUGUGGGGCAGCUAUUGGCACUCGAGAAGAUGAUAAAUACAGACUUGACUUGCUGAUGCAGGCUGGAGUUGAUGUGAUAGUUCUAGACUCAUCACAGGGUAAUUCAGUUUACCAGAUUAAUAUGAUACAUUAUAUCAAACAAAAAUAUCCAGAACUUCAAGUUAUUGGAGGGAAUGUGGUCACAGCAGCUCAAGCUAAAAAUUUAAUUGAUGCUGGUGCAGAUGCUCUAAGAGUUGGAAUGGGCUGUGGUUCUAUAUGUAUCACUCAGGAAGUUAUGGCAUGUGGUCGGCCACAGGGCACAGCUGUGUACAAAGUUGCAGAAUAUGCUCGACGAUUUGGUGUCCCAGUCAUUGCUGACGGUGGAAUUCAGACUGUAGGACAUGUUGUCAAGGCACUUUCUCUGGGGGCAUCAACCGUAAUGAUGGGCUCCUUAUUGGCUGCAACAACAGAGGCUCCAGGAGAGUACUUUUUCUCUGAUGGAGUUCGCCUGAAAAAAUACCGUGGAAUGGGAUCCCUUGAUGCUAUGGAGAAAAACAGCAGCAGUCAGAAAAGAUAUUUCAGUGAAGGGGAUAAGGUAAAAGUUGCCCAGGGGGUUUCAGGAUCAGUCCAGGACAAAGGAUCUAUUCACAAAUUUGUUCCUUACCUGAUUGCUGGAAUUCAGCAUGGUUGUCAAGACAUUGGAGCCAAGAGCCUUUCUAUUCUGCGAUCUAUGAUGUAUUCUGGGGAGUUGAAAUUUGAAAAGAGGACAAUGUCUGCUCAAGUAGAGGGAGGUAUACAUGGACUUCACUCAUACUCUUUUGUGCCAUUUAUGAGAAGCGCCUGUAUUGAAGGAGGAGGCAAAAGCCAGUUGCGGGUGGCUCCCUGCGUCCCAACUCCAGUGGCAACCAAACAUAGUGGAUAAAUCUGGAAACUGCCGACCUGCACUCUUAAUUGUGUUUCAAUCAUCUAACCUGAAGUUUACCAGUUCAUGACAUGAAAAAAUUGCACUACCAAUAAAGUAUCAGGGCUUAAACUAAUAUAGGUUUAAAGAAAAAAAUAAGACUUUGAUCACUUGUACAGUUUGUUAUCAAGGAUGCCGUUUGUGCAAACUGAGCUAAUAUGAAGCAUGAUAAAAUAAGUGCUUAUGUGGAAUAAUGCACUAAUCCUGUCAGAGUGCACUGUGGCAAGUCUCAAAAAGGUAAAGGACCUUUAAACCUUUGAGAUGCUAAAUAGUGAAAAAUAAUAUCACACUAGUUUCCAUGUCUUGUGGCAGUACAGCAUUGUGUUAGCUAGUGAACUGCACAAGAAAGUCUCCUAGACUGUCAUCAUUUAUUACUUCUUUUCUAAUAAGAGGCAGAAAGACCAAGUUAUUGCCCAGUCUGUUUACUGAUCAGAUAGUAAAGAGUUACGCCAGAUUAUAAUUGAUAGUUUCAUAUUUUUAUUGUAAAUUUGGUUAAGAGGGGGGAGGUAUCACAUGGAACGGAAAAAGAGACUUGUAUUUUAUUUAUUUAUAUAUAUAUAUAUAUAUAUAUAUAUAUAUAUAUAUAUAUAUAUAUAUAUAUAUAUAUAUAUAUAUAUAUAUACACACACACACACACGCAAGAUACAAGUAUUACAAGUAAAGGCACUAUUUUAGUUAUCAGAAAGUACAACUUACUUAGUAUUUGCUUUUGCCAUUUUUCAUUUUAUUAGAAAAAAUGCCUUUUUUUUUUUUUUUUUUUUUUUUUAUAAAUGCGUUAAACAUGUCCUAUUACUCAUUAGGUUAACAUAAAGCCUCCUAACUAAAAGGUGUUAUCCUGUUUUUUAGCAGGUUUUGAUUUACAGGGGACCAAAAGCUAUGGUAGCCAAAAAAUCAGGGAUAUAUUCCACCAAGAGAGCCUUAUAAUGAGUGUGUAGUACUGAUUCUUAGUGCUAAUGUGGCAGUAGUUCAUGGUGAACUGGAUUCAAAUUUUUUAACACGUACCAAAAUUGAAAUAAGGAAAGAUUUGGGGUGGGUAUGGGGGGUUCAGUCCAUAGUAAAGUUUUUUUGUUCCUGUUUAAUUUUCAAAUUUUUAGAAGUUCUUUUAUUUAAACAGGGUACUGUAGCAUUAUGGCAUGCUUUUGAUGGUUGGGGCAUUUUGCAUAUAUUCCAUAAACUAGUUUGAGAAGGGUAAUAAAUGAUUUCAUUUUACUAUAGGUUCUUUUUUUCAUUUUUUUACUAGCCCAUUUUCCUUUAUUAAUGUUUACAAUAUUGUUGUGAAUAUAUUUUGAUGCAGUUACCAUGCUAUUCUGUUUCCUGUUUUUUAUUUGUAAUAGUGCUAUUAUGUACUGAUGGUAGUUUUGCUAGUGUACAGAACUAUUACAAAAUUAAGAUACGGAGGUUACAAUGUAUGUGCUGCUAUGUUUUAAUAUUGCCUUGUACAGUAGGUUUUUAUUUAGAUGGAUUGACUGUUAAAGAAUGAUGCAAAGCAUUUUGUCUUCAAAGGUACAUAUAUUUUUUAUGUACAAGUUAAAAAUACUAAAGAUCUAGAAUGGCACUGUUCAGAUGUUUGAAAAGUGUUACUGUGAGCUAUUUAUUUCUAUUUUUAAACAAUAUCUAGAAUUAAAUGUAUACUUAUGUAAUAUUAUACCUAAAACACUGUAGAAAUUAAAACUGCUUUAUAUGUGAUGCCAUUUUCUUACUUUUUCACUGUAAAUGUAAACUUUGCAUUCUUACAGGUGUAAUCACUUUAAAAAGCUUUCUGUAUGUUGGUAAAUGUAAAGUUGCUCUUCCUGUUUACUCUUAUGUGAAAAAUAUAAAUUUAAAGCAAAACGAAAAAGAAUGCAGGCAAAAGGAAUGAAGACCUUCUCCAGACUAUCCCUCAUUAUUGUUUGUUUCAGUUGACAGUUUACAGUCUUUUAUAAUAUUACAAAAGCAAUAUUUGUAUUUUCCAAAAUAACAACAGUGUAACAUAAUAUUCUAACUAAAAGGAAGAAUAUUCCUGUGUUGUGUUUACUGAUGCCAGAUAUGGUCCCGUAACCAUUUACUUAAUGGAAUUGUGUGAGUCCAGAAAAAAAGAAUAAAUAAAAGAACAACCUUUCAAAUCCUA